GCUUGGAAAAGUUUAUUGCCAAACAAAAAUGCAAUGAAACAAAUCAAUAAAAGAGUGCGCGCCAAAUCAAAGAUGAGAGAACCGCAAACUUUAGCAGAGAUUAAUGUGCCCGAUGAUUUAAAAAAUAUCAACGGAGAACUGUUCUUGGUUUCAAACGAAAACUGGAAAGAAAAUGAAAAAGUGAUGAUUUUCUGUAAAAGAAAUAAUUUGAUCAAAUUAAAAGACUCUCUUGUCUGGAUUAUGGAUGGAACGUUUCAAACGUGCCCAUUUAUAUUUGCUCAAUUAUAUUCAAUACACGGUCUUAUAGGCAGUGGAGAUAAUACAAGAGCUGUGCCGCUCGUGUAUGCGUUUUUGUCAAAGAAAAGUCAAGAGUGCUACGUACACUUCUUCACGGAGCUAAAGCGUUAUGCAGAUUCAAUAUUCGACUUUAAUGAAAACGAAGACACUUUUGCUCCACCUAUAGUAUUGACAGACUUUGAGCUUGCGGUUAUAAAUGCCGUAAGAGUUGUGUUUCCUGGAACAGUCCACAAGUGUUGUCUAUUUCAUUUGGGACAGAAUGUUUGGCGACGAGUUCAGGAGUAUGGGCUGCAACAAAAAUAUGUUGAAGAUGGCGAAUUUUCUCUUAAGAUCAUCGCUUUAGCGUAUUUACCACCUAUAGAGAUACCGUCAGUUUUUGCACUUUUGAAGGAAAAUGUUUUUCCAACAGAUGAUACUCGAAUUGUGGAAUGGUUUGAAACUAAUUACGUGAACGGCAAACUGAUAUCGCGAAAUACUGGUGACUCAAAACUAACUAUACGUAGAACAGUUCCACUAUUUCCUACAGAAUUGUGGUUAGUGCACCAAAACAACAUCAGUAAUUUGCCGAGGACACAAAAUAAAAUUGAAGCGUGGCACAGACGCUGGAACUCCUUAAUGGAUAAUAAAAAAAUGGGUCUUUAUACCACAAUUGGUGAGCUAAAAAAAGAACAAGCAGCCACCAACUUAACAAUUGCCAGAAUGGAAAGCGGGGUACCAGCUACUCCACCUAGAAAGAAAAAGAGGAUGCAUCAAGAAGCAAUCUCGCGGUUUCUUGAACGGCGUGACGAUAGUAUGGAUGUUUUUCAAUUUCUGAAAGGAAUAGCAAGCAGUUCUUUUUUGUAGUACGUAUCAUACACAAUAAGAUACUUUAACUUUACU